AUGGCUGCUGUCGCCUCUACAGCAGUGAUGAAUGGAGGCCACGAUUCCGAGAGGGAGCCCAACGCAGACCACAGUCCCUCUCGCUUUACAGCAGUGAAUGGGAGGGAACCACUUGCGCCUGCCCCUGUUUCAAAUGGCACAUCAAACAAUGAAGAACCCCGAGAGGCUUCUGAAAAUUGGGGGAGAAGCGGGCACGACACUCCAUCUCGGCAAGAUGAGCGUCUGCGAGAAGGCGGCAAUGCUGGGAAUGAUCAAGAGGACCGGCGCUCGCAGCGAUCAUCAUCCCAUACUGGCCCGUCAACUGCCAACAGAAACAAGCGGAAGAGAUCGGAGUCCGAUGGGCGACAAGAAACACCCCAGACGUCCUAUCAGGCCUCCAGUCUCCCUAGGAGUCCGGCAUCUCGCCUAGAUGACGGUGUAGACUUACAUCCUCAGCCUACCACAGAUGGUUCCAUGGGACCCCAUGGAGAAAACCAUCACAAGAAUCUCUCUCCUCCGAUUCAAGUCAGACCAGAGAACAACGAGGGAUCUCGGACUCCAUCAGUGAAUGGUCCUUGGCAUGAGUAUGAUUCACAAUUGAUUAGUCAAGCACAACGCGCGCAACAAAUCGAUGCUUCAGAUGCACAGCUGGCAGAGGUGCUUCAGCGCGAAGCCCAGGGCCACGAGACUGCCCAGAAAAACUGGGGAGCUGUCAACCGUCCGGUCGAAGGGCCAAUGCAAAAUGAUCACUCUCCGUCGCUGACGAAUUAUCCCCCAGAGCGACCGCAAGCUACCGUCCAAGUUGCCCCAAAGAGAAAGCGUGUCUUCAGCAAUAGAACCAAGACUGGCUGCAUGACCUGCCGGAAAAGGAAGAAAAAAUGCGACGAGCAGCAUCCUGCCUGCAACAAUUGCAUACGAGGCGGUUUUUUGUGCGAGGGAUAUUCGUCGCGAAGUACCUGGCAAAAACCAUCAAGUGCGAAAACACCAGUUCCAUUGCAAUCGAAGGAGGGAUAUCCGGAGAUUGGCGGACAGUAUUUACAUGAGUUGAGCCAACAGCAUGAUCGGCCGCAAAAUUUGACAGAGCAACUCGAAGCAGGAAAAAUAAGGCCUAUCAUUGUCGACGAUAGUGACCGAGCUGCUUCACAGUACAGCACAAGCCCAACAGGGGUUGGUUCAAGUCGUGGAUCAUGGCCAAAGCGAACUUGGCCGGGCACAGGUCACCCUGGUUACAUCUCAGAACAUAUGCCCAAAUCGGAUUAUCGCGAAGUCCCGCCAAUCCACGAAUUUUCUCGUGAAGGACACCCGAAAGCUGAUUAUCAUGUUGUUCCUUCAAUCAGAGAGUUGUCACAUGGGACCCACCCAAAACCAACAAUGCCACUCCUCCAGGGUGGGAUCGAUCAACGACCAGCCUCCACUAGCAACAUGGACACUAGUAGUCCACAAGCACAGGCGAGGAUGGCUCUCAGUAUCGAACAUCAGUUAUCUGCGCGCACGGUCACGGGUGAGGAAACAGAAAAGGAAAAAAUGAUACGCGGCGAACUCUAUCGACCAUACGAUAUUCAAUUGGUGGAAGAAAGAGACAGAUGUAAAGCUGCUCUGUGGCGAUUCAACAGUUCUUGUAAUCCCAUAUCCGGCCUGAGUGCGAAAGAACAGGGUCGUCUGCUCAAGGAGAUCGUGAUACCACCAAAUACAAUUGUGGGCUCCCAUACAAUUGUGGGCUCCCCUUCAGGUGUUUCAUCUCGUUCGACAGGAUCCAUCGGACAAGGAGCGAUUGUUGAGGCACCUUUCCACUGUCAUUAUGGGUAUAACAUCCACAUUGGUGAAGAUGUUCUGAUCUCAGAGAAUUGCCUGUUUGUUGACGAUUGUGCUAUCAGCAUUGGUGCCCAUACGUGGAUAGGACCUAGAGUCACUAUACUCAGUUCAAUGGCACAUGCGAAUAUGCAGGAACGGAAAGGCUCCCAAAGCCGGUAUCAGGGCCGCCCCGUUACAAUCGAAGAAGACUGCUAUGUUGGCUCCGGCUGCACCAUCUACCCUGGCGUCCGUCUUCGGCGAGGGGCUUAUGUGGCUCCCGGGGAAGUAGUCAAGUCGGACAUUGUAGCCUAUGGGUUUCAAGGCCUCAAACCAAGCUACAUGUAA